AUGAGUGCCUCGACGACAACACUGCGCUACCCUGGCUACAUGCACAACGACCUUGUCGGCAUCGUCGCCUCGCUGAUCCCCACCCCGCGCUGCCACUUCCUGCAGACCAGCUACACGCCCUUCACAGGCGAGAACGUCGAAGCCGCAAAGACGGUGCGCAGAACCACUGUCCUCGAAGUCAUGCGGAGACUGCUGCAGCCAAAGAACAGGAUGGUCAGCUCGAACCCCUCCAAGAACAGCUGCUACAUUUCCAUCCUCAACAUCAUCAUGGGCGAGGCAGACCCGACCGAUGUAAGCUGCCAUCCCUUCGCUUUUCCCUUCCAUCAUGCUCAUAUCAUGUCUCACAGNGUCCACAAAUCCCUCCUACGUAUCCGCGAACGUCGCCUCGCAACCUUCAUCCCCUGGGGUCCUGCAUCCAUUCAAGUCGCCCUCACCCGCACCUCNCCCUACACCACCGGCCCACAUACACCUCGCGUGUCCGGUCUCAUGCUCGCCAACCACACCGGUAUCGCCACCCUCUUCAAACGCAUCGUCUUCCAAUACGACCGUCUACGCAAGCGCAACGCCUUCAUUGACCAGUACAAGAAAGAAGAUUGCUUCAGGGAUGGUCUGGGCCAGUUUGACGAUGCGCGAGAAGUGGUUAUGGAUUUGGUGCGUGAGUAUGAAGAUGCUGAGAAGGAGACUUAUCUCUCUGGUCCAACUGCCGCGCCAGAGUCGGAAGAGAGAGAUAGCAGGACUGAUGGUAUAAGGUGA